AUGAGGGGCUCCUGGCUUAUCCCCAAACGUUUCCGGAACGUCAACGCCGCCGAUUCCGCAGAGGCUGGAUGGCUCAAUCGCCGCUUAACCACAGCGCUGCAAAAGGUGGCUAGCAGAGCCUGUCUACACCCCAUCCAUACUAUCGUUGUUAUCGCGCUGCUGGCGAGCACAACCUAUGUCGGGCUGCUUGAGGGGAGUUUGUUUGAUGCCGCGAGAGACGUGGGCGCAGGCCCGGGGCAGCUGGAUGUUGAGUCGUUGUUGAAUGGGGCGCGGACUCUGCGUCUAGGAGAGACUACGGGUUGGAGAUGGCAAGUUGGCAAUGAUGCGCAGGUGGAGGAUACCAAGAAUGUCCAGCACCUAGCAUUGACUACCUUCGUGUUCCCGGAUUCGUCCGCGCGCUCCCCGCAAGCACCACCACAGGCGAGAGACGUCGCGGUCCCGGCCAACUGCUCCGCGGUGCCCAUCCCACAUACGCCCAAUAUGCUCUCACCGAUCUCACACGAUUCGUCCCUGGCGUUCGCAGUGCCCUAUGACCAGAUUUCGGAGUUCUUGCGAGCAACGCAGGAAAUUCCAGAAACGAUAGAUACCAAGGACGGAUCGGCCGAGCAGAAGAAAUGGAUCAUGAAGGCGGCCCGUAGCUCUGGUUCUGGAUCGCGACGCGUGUUGCGCAUUUGGCUGACGGAUGCUUGGAAUUCGUUCGUUGACCUUUUGAAGCAUGCGGAAACCGUGGAUAUAAUUAUCAUGGUUCUUGGAUAUAUAUCCAUGCACCUAACCUUCGUGUCUCUGUUCCUGUCCAUGAGACGCCUCGGCUCCAAAUUCUGGCUCGCGACCACUGUGCUAUUCUCGGGAGUCUUCGCCUUCCUAUUUGGUCUCCUUGUCACCACCAAACUUGGUGUUCCCAUAAACAUGGUACUCUUGUCAGAAGGCCUCCCCUUCCUAGUAGUUACGAUCGGAUUCGAAAAACCCAUCAUCCUGACCAAGGCUGUCCUGUCAGCUUCGUUGGAUACUCGCCGCCAGGUCCCGCCUAGGCAGACAGGCUCAAGUAUUGCCGCCUCCUCACCAAGCUCCAUCCAAGGCGCCAUCCAAUUCGCCAUCAAAGCAAAGGGUGUUGAAAUUGUCCGCGAUUACUGCAUCGAGAUCGGGAUAUUGGCUGUCGGUGCUGCGUCUGGCGUUCAAGGGGGUCUGCGACAGUUUUGCUUCCUUGCUGCAUGGAUCCUGUUCUUCGACUGCGUCUUGUUAUUCACCUUCUACACCACGAUCCUAUGCAUCAAGUUGGAGAUCAAUCGGAUCAAACGACAUAUAGCUCUCCGCAAGGCGCUGGAAGAAGAUGGUAUUACCCGCACCGUCGCGGAAAAUGUGGCUGCGAGCAAUGACUGGCCGCGCAUGAACCCCGAGGGAUCCGAUGCGAAUGGGCAAGCCUCGGGAAAUACCAACGGGGUGUUUGGCAAGGAGGUCAAGGCGAGCAGCGUUCCCAAGUUUAAGAUCCUGAUGGUGGGCGGAUUUGUUCUUGUCAAUGUGUUCAAUCUGUGCACGCUCCCGUUCCGAAAUCGCGGUGAUGGCUUGCUUUUCCCGGCGCUGUCGAAACUUUCCAAUGUCCUCUCGCCUGCUCCGAUCGAUCCGUUUAAGGUGGCGGAGAAUGGGUUGGAUGCAAUUUAUGUGGAUGCCAAGAGCAAGCAGCAGGAAACCGUUGUUACGGUGCUAGCGCCGAUCAAGUAUAACCUCGAGUAUCCCUCUGUGCACUAUGCUGGAGCGGAGGAAGGUGGCAUUUUCGAUAUCGAAUAUACGGAUCAGUUUUUGGAUGCUGUUGGGGGAAAAGUUAUUGAGAGCUUAUUGAAGAGUCUUGACGAUCCGAUUAUCAGCAAGUGGAUCAUCGCGGCUCUGACAUUGAGUGUUAUUCUUAAUGGAUACCUGUUUAACGCUGCGCGGUGGAGUAUUAAGGAACCGGAACCUGUCAACGAGAUCGCCAAGGAGCCUGAGAUUGACCAGGAGAAGGAGCAGAGGAAACAGGAAGUUAAGGCGAAUGGCACACUUCGCUCGCGAGAGGAGUGUGGGAAGUUGCUCAAGGAAAAGAUGGCACCCUUUUUGACGGAUGAGGAGUUGAUUGAUCUUUCGCUUCGCGGGAAGAUACCUGGUUACGCUCUAGAGAAGACCAUGGAAGACCCAAGCAUUCCCCGCAUCGAUGCGCUGACGAGAGCUGUCAAGAUCAGAAGAGCUACUGUCUCACGGAACCCGCAAACUGGUUAUUUGACCAGCUCACUCGAAUCCUCCAAGGUGCCGUAUAAGGACUACAACUACACCCUCGUCCACGGCGCCUGCUGCGAAAAUGUCAUCGGUUAUCUCCCACUUCCCCUCGGUCUCGCAGGCCCCCUAACCAUCGACGGCCAAAGUUAUUUCAUCCCCAUGGCGACAACGGAAGGCGUCCUGGUCGCCAGCACAAGCCGUGGCUGCAAGGCCAUCAACGCCGGCGGCGGCGCCAUCACCGUCAUCACCGGCGACGGCAUGACCCGCGGCCCAUGCAUCGCGUUCCCAACCCUCGCCCGCGCCGGCGCCGCCAAAGUCUGGCUAGACUCCGAAGAGGGUCAGACCGUGAUGAAAAACGCCUUCAACUCCACCAGCCGUUUCGCGCGCCUCCAGUCCAUGAAAACGGCCCUGGCUGGCACGAAUCUCUACAUCCGCUUCAAAACCACCACGGGCGACGCAAUGGGCAUGAACAUGAUCUCCAAGGGCGUCGAGAAGGCGCUACAUGUCAUGUCCACCGAGGCCGGGUUCGAGGACAUGGACACCAUCUCCGUGUCCGGGAACUACUGCACGGACAAAAAGCCAGCUGCGAUCAAUUGGAUCGACGGGCGCGGGAAGGCUGUUGUUGCUGAGGCGAUUAUACCGGGCGACGUAGUGCGGAGCGUGCUGAAAAGCGACGUCGACGCGCUUGUUGAGCUGAAUAUCAGCAAGAAUCUCGUCGGGAGUGCGAUGGCGGGCAGCAUUGGCGGGUUCAACGCGCAUGCGUCGAAUAUCGUCACGGCCCUCUUCCUCGCGACGGGCCAAGAUCCCGCGCAGAAUGUGGAGAGUAGUAACUGUAUCACCAUGAUGAAGAACACAAACGGCAACCUCCAAAUAAGCGUCUCCAUGCCCUCCAUCGAAGUCGGCACAAUCGGCGGCGGCACAAUCCUCGAAACCCAAUCCGCCAUGCUCGAGAUGCUCGGCGUGCGCGGCUCGCACCCGACAAACCCAGGCGACAACGCACGCCGUCUCGCGCGCAUCGUCGCCGCAGCCGUGCUGGCAGGCGAGCUCUCGCUAUGCAGCGCCCUAGCGGCCGGCCAUCUGGUCAAGGCGCAUAUGGCGCAUAAUCGGAGUGCGCCGGCGUUGGCGCCAGCGACCGGAACGCGAACGGAGGCGUCAACAAGGUCUGUCACACCUGUAUCGGCGGCGGUGGGGGCGGCGACGGUGGGGUUGGGGAUGACGACUGCUUCGGGUGCGGGGCGGUGA